CCUGUUAAUCUCUGUCUUAUUAGCCUCCGUCUAUCUCCCUUUGUUCCCCAACGAUGUCGCGCCAACGUUCAAUGUCGGGCACCAUUCCUUCGAUGGAGACCAGCGGCGACCAGCUCAAGGAUAACACGAUCAUUAUCGUUCUGGGUGCAUCUGGCGACCUGGCAAAGAAGAAGACAUAUCCGGCGCUGUUCGGUCUGUACAAGAAUGGCUUCUUACCCCGCGACGUACACAUUGUCGGGUACGCGCGCACGAAGAUGGACGAGGCAGAGUACCACAAGCGGACGACUGGCUACAUCAAGGUCCCCGAGGGUGACUCGGAGACCCAGGCCAAAGUAGAGGAGUUCAAGAAGCUCUCCAGCUACGUAUCCGGUGGCUACGAGGACGGCCCUUCGUUCGAUAACCUCAACAAGUAUCUCGAGAGCAUCGAAUCAAAAUACCAAUCAAAGGAGCGCAACCGUGUAUUCUAUCUCGCUCUCCCCCCAAGUGUCUUCAUCCCCGUCGCCAAGAACCUCAAGGAGCAUUGUUAUAUCGCGAAGGGCGGCAUCAACCGCAUCAUCGUUGAGAAGCCCUUCGGAAAGGACACCGACUCCUGCCGCGAGCUCCUGAAGGCCCUCAAGGAGCAUUGGACAGAAGACGAAACCUUCCGGAUUGACCACUAUCUCGGCAAAGAGAUGGUCAAAAACCUGCUUGUGCUGCGGUUUGCCAACAUCGCCUUCUCGUCAGGGUGGGACAAGAACUCUAUCAGCAAUGUUCAGAUUACUUUCAAGGAGCCCUUCGGUACGGAGGGUCGUGGCGGUUACUUCGACGAAUUUGGUAUCAUCCGGGAUAUCUUGCAGAACCAUCUGCUGCAGGUGUUGAGUAUUCUGACGAUGGAGCGGCCUGUUUCGUUCGCUGCGGAGGAUAUUCGCGACGAGAAGGUUAAAGUUCUGCGUGCUAUCCCUCCGGUUGAGCGCAGCGACACUCUGCUCGGGCAGUACGUCGCGGCGAAUGGCAAGCCGGGAUACCUGGAUGAUGACACCGUCCCCCACAACUCCGUCUGCCCGACCUACGCUGCAACCACGCUUUGGAUACACAACCCCCGGUGGGAGGGUGUUCCCUUCAUCUUGAAGGCUGGCAAAGCUCUGAACGAGGCAAAGGUCGAAAUUCGUAUCCAGUACAAGGACGUCACCCAGGGCAUCUUCAAGGAUAUCUCUCGCAAUGAACUCGUUAUCCGGAUCCAGCCUUCCGAGGCCGUUUACCUGAAGUUCAACACUAAGACUCCGGGCCUAUACACACGGGCGCUCCCUGCUGAGAUGGACCUCACUUACAAGCGGCGGUUCGCCGACAUUCACAUCCCAGAGGCAUAUGAGUCUCUGAUCCUGGAUGCGCUGAAGGGUGACCACUCGAACUUUGUGCGAGACGACGAGUUGGAUGUUGCUUGGAAGAUCUUCACCCCCAUCCUUCACUGGAUAGAUGGCCUGAGCGGCCCUCGCCCUAAGCCCGUUCCUUACCCUUACGGUUCUCGCGGACCUAAGGAACUUGAUCCCUUCAUCGCCAAGUACGGCUACAAGCGCUCCACGGAGGGAUACGCCUGGCCCGUCACCAACGUCUCGAACCUGUGAGAGAGCCUCCGUGCUACAUAUGAAAAGACGUGUCAUUGUUAUCGAAGUGCUAUAGAUAGUGGAGACGGGCCCGACAAGUACCCGGAGAAGAGUAGAAAUAGCAAAGGAGAAGAUGCGCAUGGCAAAGGAUGUUGUACCGUGAUGUAACCAAUAAGCAGCAAGUACAGCUUUUUGUACACUCUACCGUGGGCUUAGACCUUUACACAAGUGAGGUCCGAUAAAAAGGAGAGGAACCAAAUCAAGAGGCUCCGACACUAAGUAGAAAGUGAUGUGAAACCAAUUUACUGGCUUGAAGAGCCAUAUACAUCCCCUGCCCCCUCUGUACCUUGAACGUGGGGAGGAUUACCCAUCAUUGCAUCUCUACCCAUUCCUCUGAGGAAGCUGAGCCAUACCCACUGGGCACCUCGCAUUUGCAAAUCAUACCACCAGUUCAACGCGAUAGUGAUGUCGCCGGACUGACGCACGUAGUGCCACCAGCCCACGGGGAGAUAUAGGGUAUCUCCGGCUUGCAGAGUGAUAUGGAUGGGG